CUCAGAGAGAAGGCUGAGCAGUGCUUGCUGGUGCAUGUGCUGUAUGUGGAAGGAGCUGACAAGUGCACAUCCCUGCAUGACAAAGGCACAGCUGAUGUGGAGCCUCUCUCCUCCUGUCCCCCCCUGGACCACAGGCCCCCUCUCACCAUGCUUAGCAAUGCAGACCUGGACUGCCUCCACCACAUCUCUGUCCUCUGCAUGGGUGAGUACCUGGGGACCCCUCUCCCUGAGAGACCCCCUGCUGCUUCCAUUACCAUUCCUAGAGCAGUGUCUGCCAUGCACAGCUGGUAGUGCCAUUGCAUCAAAUCAAGGGUUAAACAGCAGCUGCCAGGUGUGCUAUGGUGCCCCCCUUCCUUCCAAUAUUCCAAUGCAUGUUCUAGAUGCCAGGUGGGCUAUGGAAGGUCCCCCCCCCCCCUCCUUCCAAUAUUCCAAUGCGUGUUCUAGCUGCCAGGUGGGCUAUGGUGCCCCCCCUCUCCUUCCAAAAUCCAAAUGCAUGUUCUAGGUGCAGGUGGGCUAUGGUGGGUCCUCCCCCCCUUCCAAUAUCCCAAUGCAUGUUCUAGCUGCCAGGUGGGCUAUGGUAGGUCCCUUCUCCCCCCCUCCUUCCAAUAUCCCAAUGCAUGUUCUAGCCUAGCUGCCAGGUGGGCUAUGGUGCCCCUCCCCCCCUGUUCCAAAAUCCAAAUGCAUGUUCUAGAUGCCAGGUGGGCUAUGGUGGUGCCCCCUACCAAUAUCCUAAUGCAUGUUCCAGCUGCAGUAAUUCAUCUGCCCUGCUGCCCUGUAUAUACACCUUCACACUGGGUCCUCACUCUGUAUAAUGCUGGCUCUGGCACUGAAAGGGGUUAAUACAAUGAUCUCAUCUGCAGGUUCCCAGUGUGGCUCCAGGCUCUGUGCUGCCUGCAGUGCUGGGCUCUGUGAUUGUAUUGUACUGUUUCUUUCUGUCAUUUACACUAUGCUAUAAUAGCCAUAUACACACACCUAGAACAAAGCAGACAUGCAUUCUGUGCUGAUCACAUGGAAAUGUCUAUGGAGCCCUUUAACCUAUCAUCCAAGGAUAAAUGGCUGUCUCUCUGUGUUUUUACAAUGGGGUGGACUUUGUUAUACAUCUAAUAUCAAGGCAUGCUUUUUAUGUGCUCACUAAUCUUGGCAAAUGGCUGAAUGUGGGUUGUUUUUCAUUACUUCUCCCUGGCACUUCAGGGGUUAAAGGUGUCUGUAUCCAGAUCCAUUUGUUGCCCAUCUCAGCCAGAACCUCUGUCUUUUGCAGUUUAUGUCAUGCUUCCUGAGGACACUGGGUGGCUUAUUGCAGAAUGGGAAUUCAUUGCACACACUGUUUAACCCCUGCAGUAUUAAAACCAGGGAUUUUAUAUAAUCACAGACCUGAGCCCGCUGCUGCAUCUGGAAGCUUUAUCAGCGCUAGCUUUUGUGGCUGGUGGGGAUUAUUCACUAAAUUGUGUAUUGAUUUGGAGAAUUGUAACAUUUAGGCCAAGACAGUUGUCAGACCAACACAACUCACUUUUCAGCGAAUAAACCCCCAUUGGGACUGAAAACGAAAUAGUGGAUUGUUGGAACUCAAGCCCAGAUUGCAAAUUAUAGGCCAACAUAGCUGAUUUGGUUCUAGCUGUAGUCACAGCUUGUUUGCUUUAACCUGGAUUUUCCAUUUCAGUAUUCAGUUCCCCAUUUUGGGCUUUUUUCACUAAACGCCGAAAUUUUGUGAAUUGAAAAAUGCUCACAGCCUGCCAUUGCCUGUUGGAUGGCUUGGCCUUUGGGUACCCAAGAUGUCCCUAGUUUUCAUGAAACCACGCCGAUCGUUGUUAGUUUAUAAUUUAAAAAAUAGCAGCACAACAGAAGGUUUUUUUUUUUUUUUUUUUUUUAGCUAAUUGUAGACAAAUGUUUUUAAAAUUCCAUUUUGUAACCACGGAUAAUGUCAAAAGCUGGUACAUACAUGUAUAUAAUAUAUAUAAACCCAGAAAUAAAUAUGUAUUAUAUUGUUAGUAUUCACUAUUCUUUGUGAAGGAUCAGGCCAUACUUUUGAUACUAUACUAGACUGAAUACAGGUCCGAGCGUCAGACUGGGGCCUUGUUGCUCUCCAGGUAGGGAAAUACCUUUAAAGGGGAACCAUCGCUACCCAGGACUUUUCCCAUAUAUUAUACAAUGUGUUUUUAAUGUGUGAAAAAUAAAAUUCAUUUAUAGUAAUCCACACAUCUUUAUCCUACAACUGGGCGCCUCCAUCUUGGCUCUUUGUCAGUCAUUGUUAUAAGGUCUGUCCUUUGCUUGAAGAGAAGAGGAAAUAUUAAACAAUGUUUAGUUUUCUCUCCUCAUUUGGGAUGUGUGCCCUUGUUGUGUUUGGACUGAACUAGAUUGCGAUGAUAUUUGCUAAAAGGUUAACAAAGGCUAUAAUUGACUUUCCAGUGUUUUAUGCAAUUGUAUCAAAAGUGAUAGUUUUCCAUUUAGAGUGACACUAUAGUCACCAAAACAACUUUAGCUCAUUGAAGCCGUUUUGGUGUAUAGAUCAUGCCCCUACCGUCUCACUGCUCAAUUCUCUCCAAUUUAGGAGUUAAGGCCCUAGUCACAGCUCCCAGCAUGUGACUUACACAGCUUUCCUAAACACUUCCUGUAAAGAGUCAUCUAAUGUUUACAUGUUAUUGCAAAUUCUGUUUAAUUUAGAAUUUCUUAUCUCCUGCUCUGUUAAUUGUUAGCUAGACCCUGCAGGAGCCUUCUGUAUGUAAUUUAAAGGUCAAUUUACAGAGCAGGAGAUAAAAACUUUUUAAGUCAGUUACAUCAGAUUGAAAAUGAAACCUAUUUGUUUUCAUGCAGGCUGUGUCAGUCACAGCCAGGGGAGGUCUAACUAGGUCUGCAGAAACAAAGUGACUUAACUUCUUAAUGGCAGAUAAUUGAGCAGUGAGACUGCAGAGGCAUGAUCUAUACUCAAAAACGGCUUCAUUAAGCUAAAGUUGGUUUGGUGACUAUAGUGUCCCUUUAAAUAUUUUUUUCUGGAAGUAGACGGUAUAGAAGGUUUGGUUAAUAUGAUGCUUUGAGUGAGUUGUCUAUACAGAACCAUCACUUCCCUGGAAUAAUCAUUGAUUAAAACACCGUAAAUCACCAAUAAAUUGGGUUAACUUUUGAGAUCCUGUUUUUGUUUAAAUUUAUUUUAGAUAAAAUUUCAAUUACAUUGUAAUCCAGUUCAGACAAGGCAAACCUUUUUAAAUGAAGAGGAUAAUAGAAACGUUGAUUAGUCUCUCACUUUCACUAUGCAAUCUGCAAAGGACAGACCUUAUAACAAUGAUUGACAGGGAGCUAAGAUAGAGAGGCGCCUAGUGCCGGGAGAAAGAGGUGUGGAUUUGCUUUUUCACACCUCACAAAUACAUAUUUUGUUAAAUAUAGGGAUCAGUAAACAUGGUAUUAAAAAUCCCAGAAAGGGACAGUUCCCCUUUAAAGAUCAUUUGGGGACAUUUAAGGGCACUGGGAGUUUACAUAGACCACAAUGUUAGAAUCAGAGAAAAUGUUUAUACCAAAAGCUAAAAGGCUUCUGCGAAUGUGAGAACUGUACAGAUAAUUGCAUUGCAAUGGAGAUAAUGAAGCAACAUAAUGGCAAAUGAUUAUUCUAGUAGUUCUGUAAUUAAUAACUUUUACAGACAAUUUAAAUGGUUAUUCCAAGCAUCACCUCUACAUCCUGCUGUUGUGGUUAUGAGAUGCCCGAAGUACCCUACCACAGUUCCCCGGUAAUGGAGUCAAACAGUUUUGGCAACAGUUUGGCUCUUAACUGGGUCCUGCUGAGCGCCAAGGCUCCUAUACUCCUUCCUGAAUGAUCCUGCCGGCCAUUCUUUGGCUGAUCACUCUUGGCCAAUUAAUAAAAAUAUGUGCAUAAAAUAUAGCCAAAUAAAAAAUUCUUGCUCCAUGCUUGCUAAUGAUCCCCCAACGAUGAUGCUGGAAGAUGAGUUAGACCUCUGGCAGCUAAUGGGGUUAAACGUUGUACAUACAGACUCCAUGCACCAUGACCACUUCAAAUUACUGAAGCGACCAUGGUUCUUGUAGUAACCCUUAAAAAGAGUUUAUUCAUUUAACUGGCACAUGUGAUGAAUUGAAAUAAGAAUUGCACAAAUGGAAACCACGAAUAGCUGAACUGGGGGGGAAAAAUUCUAAUCUGCCAAUUAUUUUUUCAAACUUUCAAUUCACUGUACAGUGAAUAAAUAAGGCUUUGUGAUUGUGUGAUAGGUUCAGCGGCCACAGUUCACAUGGCGUGACACCAUCAGUUACUGUUACCUGUCUGCAAAUGUUCAGCUUUUAACGCAGGCUCGCAAUGUGAGUUGUUAUACUGUGUGUCUUUGCUGUAGCGAGUUAUCAUGUUCAUGUCUGGCACGUUGAAGGCCCUUGGUUGUAUAUCAUUGUAAAUAACAGUUUAAUUCUCAGUUGCUUUACUAUGAAGCCCUCUGCAGAGCUUGCUGUGCCUGUUCGCAGACGCACAGCCCUUCGCUGACUUACAAGCCAUCUGCCUUUAGUGCUGAGCGAUGACAUCAUCUGUAAACCAGUGAGUGAAGGGGCUCUUAAAGGGGCCGACGCAGCUUUUAACAUGGAACCAUUGCUGGAUUUAAGAGGUUUAGCGGAGUGAUGCUAUUACCGUUAAUCCUGUGAAAAGUGUUUAGCUUUGACUGGGGAAUGGCAUUGAAAUGUAUGAAGUAGUGAUGGUUAGGCCUGUCCUUUGAAAAGAGACCAUCAUCUCGCAUUGCAAACAUUGAUAAGAGUCCGGAGACUUAGAGAAUCUAUCCUUUGAAUUCCAACAUUUAAAUUGGGUUUUAAAUAAAGUUGGGUGAAAAAAGGGGUCUGAAAUAGCAUUGAUCCCAUUUAUCUAAGUGCUAUUCACUAAUCGGAUCUUCAAAUUCUGGUGUUUAGGGUCUGUCUCUGUUGCAGAAGCUGCCGCAGAGGUCUAUGGGAUAAGUAAGAGUAAUUCCACUCAUCCCAUGUGAUAAUUGACGCGCUCUAUAAGCUGAUAAUAUUGAUAGCAGACUUACGGUGACUGCUAUAAGUUUAUCCUCCGCCCAAUUGGCGUUUUUUUGAACUGCAUCAAUUAAUAAAGCCGCGGCCCAUGGUUCAGGGCACUGUCUGAGUUGUAGGUGUGGUGCCUAGUUAAUGUUGGUCAGUUAGAACGGAGGGUUCCUGCUGAAUGAUUAACAGCUUUGAGGGACAGGCUCAGAGCUGUGUGACCAUUACCUUUACAAUCAUGCAAAGUAGUGAUGGUGCUUUAAUAAUGUAACUUUUUGGGCUGGAUUCAGAAAUGCUCAGAAUACUUGCAUCACAGGAGUGAGCCUCUUUAAAGGAAAAAAAAUGACACAAUACGUAUAAAAUUAAAUACAUCAAUGCUGCUUAAGGACACAUGACGUGUGACAUGUCAUGAUUCCCUUUUAUUCCAGUUUGGUCCUUAAGGGGUUAAAAAUAAAUAGUUAACACUUUAUUGAACAAGCAUCAAAAGAAUCCAAAAAUUUAAUUAAUUUAGUGAAUCGGACCCUUUUUUUUGUGUGUUUUAUUUAUGAAAAUUGUUCCUGGCUUUAUAUCUGGGUCAGUUCUUUGCCUGGUGAACCGUUCUUACAUCAGUAAGGUUCUUACAUAGUAAGAAUUAUAUUUAUUCUAAUACUACAGAAUAGAUACAAUUUUAUUUUUUAUAUAUAUAUAUAUAUAAUAUAAUAUUGUAUUUAUUCUGCAGUAUUAGAAUAAAUAUAUAUUAUAUAUUUUUAUUUAUAUAUAUAUAUAUAUAUAUAUAUAUAUAUAUAUAUAUAUAUAUAUAUAUAUAUAUAUAUAUAUAUAUAUAUAUAUAUAUAUAGAUUUUUCUUUUAAAGGCGGUAUAGAUGGUACGUUAUAGCACCAUGAGCUGUAAUUCAUUCUGGUUGUAGUGAGCGCUUUUAGAAAUGUAUCGAUAAGAUAGCAGCGGGUUUAGAAGCUAGCCCCAUACUGCUGUACCGAACACUGCUAGUUAGCAUGACCCAGUGGGAUUUAUUAAUGCAGAUUGCAUAAUUGUCUGCAAGAACAAGACCUAUCUUUACAUGGUGACGAACCUUGUGUAAUGGCACCAGGCUUAGAAACCUAGGAGAUUAUCACUGUUUAUUGUGCGUCUUAAAAAAAGCACAGAUCAUUAUGUAUUUUGUGUUUCCCUUAUUGGGUGCUGUGGAUAGCUUGUUAGUUGGUGAAUCAAUAGCUGAUCUUAUCUGUAACUUGCCCAUGAAUGUUUAACCCCUUAAGGACCCAACAUCUGGAAUAAAAGGGUAUCAUGACAUGUCAUACAUGUCAUGUGUCCUUAAGGAGUUAAUGCUCCUAUAACAUACAAAGACAUUACAAUCUUCUGAGUUUGGACUAAAAAAGUAAAGUCAAUUUGUAAUGGCAUAACCUGCAAUCAUAAUUGCAGCAGGUGUAUGUUGCCUUUGACAACCCUACACAGCCUUUGACACAUUAAAGAUUGACUUAAAGGACCACUAUAGUGCCAGGAAAACAUACUUGUUUUCCUGGCACUAUAGUGCCCUGAGGGUGCCCCCACUCUCAGGGCCCCCCUCCCGCCGGGCUGGAUGGAGAGGAAGGGGUUAAACUUACCUCUUUCUCCAGUGCCAGGCGGGGAGCUCUCCGCCUCCUCUCCUCCUGUUCAGCUGAAUGCGCAUGUGCGUCAGGAGCCGCGCGCGCGUUCAGCCAGUCCAUAGGAAAGCAUUCUCAAUGCUUUCCUAUGGACGCUGGCGGCUUCUCACUGUGAUUUUCACAGUGAGAAACGCGGAAGCCCUCUAGCGGCUGUCAGUGAGACAGCCACUAGAGGCUGAAUUAACCCUAACAUAAACAUAGCAGUUUCUCUGAAACUGCUAUGUUUAUAGAAAAAUGGGUUAACCCUAGAUGGACCAGGCACCCAGACCACUUCAUUAAGCUGAAGUGGUCUGGGUGCCUAUAGUGGUCCUUUAAGAGACUGGAUCUCAGCGUCAUGGCCUAUACGUACCUGUCUAGAUUCAGUGUUAAAGGGACUCCAUAGGCAUUAUAAUAAUUUCAUCGCAUUGAUUUGCUUAUAGUGCCUGGAAUCCUCUGGCAAUGUCUCUGUUCGAUGUUAAUCCAUUUUCAAGCGGCUUAACACAGAAUGAAGGUCCCUGGCUGCACACAUCCUGGCCCCCACUGGUGGUAGGGCUAUGGCAGAGCUUACAACUUCCUUCUAGCCAUACCAAUUUAUACCAGCAAUGGGAAGCUGUGAUAGACUAAAUGUGGUCAGCUGACACUCACAGCCAAUCACAUCUGCCCAGUGUUGCUCAGGCUAAUGCUUCCUCAUAACCCCAAACAGGACAGAGGAGAUGGGGCUGCUUAGUUCAUUUGGCAUUAAAAAUGGCUUAACUUUGAAAGUAAGGACCGCACCAGGGAACUCCAGACACUAUAACUACUUCAAUGAGAUGAAGCAGUUACAGUGCCUACAGUGCCCCUUUCAAUAAGGUGUAUGUAUCUAUCAUGUUUUAUGGCCAACAACAUUGUCGGCAUGAAAUGUGAGUCCUGCAUGCUGGGCCGCAGUUUUUCCAUAUCAAGUUAAGCUCUGCCUGUAGCACAAGUGGUAUAGGUUCAAGGUGGCUAAGGUGUAGUAAAUAUCUGGAUGGCGAACCACAUCAGAAAUGUAGAAUGUACUACAGGGUCCAUGUUAAAAGAUGGAAGGAAUGAUCUGGGAUCCUCCAGACUGGAACUGAAUAAGUAGGACAAGCUGUAGGCUGUAAUGCUCUGUUUCUGGUGAAGCAUUGCCCCGUGGUAGGGGAAUAAAAUUCCUUAAGAAGACACUUGAGUUGAAGUUGGCCACUCUAGACUGCAUUGCACUGGACUGUUUUAGCCUAACAACUGUCUCUUUCCUCCGUUAUAUAUGUACAUGAAACAAUGGCUAAGCAAUGAGCAAAUGGCCCAAUACACGUAUACAAAGAACCUGGCACCAAAUUCGCAUCUGUACAUGUAAACAACAAAGGAGAUUCUGUCUUUGCAAAACCAUUACAAAAUGUGUGCGUAAACAAAUCCACGGUACGACUGCGUAGGCGCAAGCAUUGGCAAGGCAAGAUGCUGUGGGAGGCAGGUGGGAGCCAUCCAGUGAAGCUGCCCCAAGAAAGACAAAACAAGGACUGAAAAUGCACAAACUGUUCUGAGAUGUGCAAUAAUCAUGGUACACUUUUUUUAAGAAUAAAGAUGUGUCUACCCAACCCAGAGCCACAUGGCCACUAAAUCCAAAACAUGUUCAGCAAUGAUGCCAAGAUGUGCACCAUGCCCAGAUACAGUGAGUUAAUGGAACUAAAGCGGCUGCUGGGUCAUUAUAUCUAGAAGAGUUUCCUGUAAUUAGAUGCCCAGUUACCAAACCUUGAGCUCAAUCUGGUUGCCAGUAGAGGUUGCCAGCAUUGUGCCACCUCUCUUUGCCCUGGGCUACAUUUUGCAUGCCAGAUCCGUCAUUUCGUCUCCUAAAAUAACAUCUAGAAAGCCUAAAGAAAAGAAUGUAUGAGCAGAUUGUUCUUGAAACAUGUUAUAUCUCCUGUAUUUUGUGUCUCUCCCUGAUAUAACCUAAUUGCAUGAUAUGUGGUAGUUAAAUGGUUAAGCACAAAAAUAAUGAAGUAUUGGAGAUACCACAUCUAUACCUAGGAGACAGUUCUCAAGGCAAAUGUACUUAGCGGGAAUCAAAUGGAAGAGGAGUACAGGGAGGUGAAAUCCUCCACUUCCCGGAUAAUGAAUGGAAUUACACGUUCUAGAUCUUAUUGUAAUCCUGACAAUGUUUUAAAGUGAACUGUUAGGCUGAUUAUGUGUGGACGAUUGCCGUAGUGAGCAUAGUAUUUUACAAUUCCUGUGAAUUAUUGUGAAAUAUUUUGAAAUGUACAAAAAUAAUAUUUUCAAGAAUUAAAUGCCACAAAUGUGAUAAUAAACCUUGUAGUUAUAAUUUAUAGUCUGUAUGGACAUUGUUCUAAAUUCUGCUCAAAUACAAAAGCAUCAGCAGACGGAUUGUAGUUGGAGGGAGAUAAAGUGUCACAAUCUGAAAAAUGGUGCAAAAUUCUACAAAUCUAGUGUCAACCAAUAUUACAAACACCCCAAUUAAAUAGAAAACAAGACAUUGUUUUUAUACACAAUCACCAGUUUUAUACGUCAAUUUGAAAUGUCCCUACUAUACUUAACAGUUUUAAUCUAGACUUUGCAUUCUAGUCUGGGUCUAUUUACUAAACUGUGACUUGUCAAUUGGAUUUCCAAUUUUAGACCAAAAGAGAUGAACUCCGAGCCAGCCAUGUCUAUCGUUGGGCUCUUUUCUAAAUCUUAAAAUUUACCUUGAAUUCCUGACAAUUCACACUGUAUUGAAUAACCAGAAAGUUCGGAAAGAAUUACUAUCUAUUGCAUGCCCUGAGACGGCCUAAACAUGAUGUGCAUUUUACUUUGAUGAUUUCUGAAAUCUUUGAUGUUAUCGUGUUUGCACCUGGCUCCCCUUGUUCUCAAUUAGCUUGUUUUUUUGCCUUGCGGUUUCCUUUUUUCUAUGUAAAUUUGAGGGGUUUCCUCCAAAAAGCCUUGCAGCUGUUUCCUCCCUUGCAGGUGGGCUUGCAUCGUGUUCCAUUAAGCAAGCCCCCUUAGGCAUAAUGGAUGAGAUCCCUCUCGAAUUAUUGAAGUAUUUUGGCAAGUGCUUUCUUCUUGGCAAUGUUCUUAAGUCAAUAUUGAGACAGGCCUUCACUUCUCCGAUCUUCGAGUUUGUGUCGCUGUGUGGUUAGAUAAUUACACCCAUUCAUGAAAAAAAUCCCACCUUGUUUCUUGGCAAAACAGAAGGAAAAACAAAAUGUUUAGAGGCUAUGCGCAAAGAUGAUCCUGGGAUAUUUUCAAGAUUAAUCCUGUUGUGAUUUGCUUGCAAAAAAAUAGAUGAAAAAAGAGGUUGUUUUUUUUCAAGCGGCGUGGGCGAUUGCCUACGAUUUUAGGAAAAGAGAUUCUACCUCUCAAAUAUAUUUAUAAUGCCUGGGGCUCUUUAAAUAAAUACUCCAGGCCAAGCAUGUCAAACUCAGUCUAGCAC